AUGGCGGCUGCUACUCCCAAGUUGAAGCUCUUCACCAACCACAUGUGCCCAUGGGCGCACCGAGCUCACAUUGCUCUCGCCGAGCUGAGGGUCCCAUUUGAGGAGGAGAUCAUAGACCUGUCCAAACCCCGGACCGCCGAGUAUCUCAAGAUCAACCCUCGCGGCCUGGUGCCGUCGCUUGCAGUCAACGAUGACAUCAUCACCGAGUCUGCCAUCGUCACAUCCUAUCUCGCCGACGCAUUCCCCUCGCACUUGGCUCCGGCCUCGACCGACCUGAAUGGCCCCCUCGCGCGGGCAAGGAUGAGCUUUUUUGCCGACACCUGGACUUCCAAGGUGAACGGGCACGUGUUCAAGAUCACGGCGGCCCAGACCGAUGCCCAGAAGGCGACGGCCGGCAAGGACAUCGUCGACGCUGUCGUGAAGGAGCUGGAGCCGCUGCUGGCCAACGCUGCGCCCUUUUUCAACGGCAGCGACAAGCUCACGCUCGCCGAGGCCCUGACUGGAUCCUUCAUCGUGCGUCUUUUCACCUUCCCGAAAUACGGGCUCAUACCUCGAAGCGUUCUCGAUGAGCUGUCGAUCAAGGCGCCCAACUUCUACCGAUGGGGUGAGGCUGUGUCGAAGCAUCCUAGCGUGACGGGCAUCUUUGACGAGGCAGUGAUUGCCGAGCGGACCAAGCAGAGAUUUGCCGCUACGAAGUAG